AUGGGGGUUACUCCCCGUUCUUUAGACUCUUCGCUCCUGACGGCCCAGACGAGCUGUAUCUCACAUCAUCUGCCUCCCGCCGUUCGUUAUCUCAUCUCAUCUCGUCCCUGCGUCAACAGUCACCGCCUAACACCCCGAGCAUCUAGCGGGAGCCCUCGUGUGCCGUCCCUUGUUGGGGAUUACUUAUCCCAUCCGACGGUCUGGACGAUCCUCCCGUGUUGCCCAGUGGCGAGAGCACGCGAACCCUCGCAGCACGCGAUACCGAAGAAUGAGAGGUCCGGCUCGACGCUCUCCACAGCUCGUGUCUCAUGUCGUAGACCAAACUCGGCCGCCUUUCUGGGCCUGUCUCGACUCUCCUCUGCCAGGAUGACGUCCUCCCGUCUGUUGCACCUUGCGGUCCUCGCCCUGUUUGUUCCUCGGUCAUGGCAGCAGCGGGACCCAGUCCAAAAUUUUUGUCGGCGGUUUGGGCACCAGUCUACUGUCGUAGACGAUAAACUUUACCUGGACGGCGGUCUGAUAAAUUGGAGUCCCAUCUCAACCAACUCUCAAAACUACUCGAAUACAUGGCUCUCGUAUAAUGACCUGCAAAAGAACAGCGGAAGUGGCAUGCCUCCGCUACAUGCCAACCUCUCCAAGAAUGCAUCCAUUCCGGACGUCAACGGCGGUGUGUUGUGGGGGGAUGAAGUCAACAAGAGGUUCUACCUCUUUGGCGGGGAAUACUACGGCACACCACCUACGCCUUUCAAUCUCUACUCGUACGACAUACUGAACGACUCAUGGGAUAACCUCGGGCCGCCGAGCCAGAGCGGGAUACGCCCGGUAUCGUACGGCGCGGGCACGGGCAUCUCAGAACUCGGUCUGGGCUUCUACUACGGCGGCUGGCUCUCCAACAACUCGGUGCCUGACUGGUCCGGCCCACCUGUCGCCACGACCGGCUUGAUCAAGUACGACAUGGACGAGGGGUCAUGGACGAAUAGCUCGGGGCCAGACUCGAUCGGGAGGGCCGAGGGGACGAUGAACUACCUGCCAGCCUCGGACGGCGGGCUCCUCAUCUACUUUGGGGGGAUCCAGGACCUGGACAACGGCACGACGGCCGGGCAGCCAAUGGACGAGGUGUUUGUUUAUGAUAUUGUGACCGACCGCUGGUACACACAACAGACCUCGGGCACGACCCCACAGAUGCGAAGCAGGUUUUGCUCCGGGGUGACAUGGGCGGAUGAUCAGUCGAGCUAUAAUAUAUAUCUGUACGGCGGUGCUGGCAUGCCACCAGAUACAUCGGGCUUCGACGACGUGUACAUACUAACGAUCCCCACGUUCACCUGGAUCAAGCUCUACCCGACCGACGGCAACGUCACGGGCCAGUACCCGCACCACAGCCUGACCUGCAACGUCGUCAACAGGGGCCAGAUGCUCGUGAUCGGCGGGACCUUCCCGCUCAGCGACGACUGCGACGCCGCGCCGCAGAGGGGCACGCACAACCUCGUCCUGGGCCAGCAGGCCGACCCGGGCGCGAACCCCUGGCAGCUGUACGCCCCGGACCUGACGACGUACGCCGUCCCGGACGAGAUCAUCUCCGUGGUGGGCGGGCAGGCCACGGGCGGGGCGACGCGCACCGCCCCGGCGGGCGGCUUCGACAACCGCGACCUCGACGUCCUCAUGACCAAGAGGGCGUCCGUGGCAGCCCGCACCCCGACGCGGCCCAUCCCCGGCGCGACGGGCACCUCCUCCUCAUCCUCGGGCGGCACGCGCCUCAGCACGGGCGCCAUCGUGGGCAUAGCGGUCGGCGGCGGGGUGGCCCUCGUCGCGCUGGUCGUCGGGCUAUGCGUCUUUUUCCGCCGGCACCGCAGGUUCCGGUACGGCGCCUCGGGGGCCCAGAACGGCGGGCCCAAGUCCAGCGCGGGGGGCAGCAGCAGCCCGUAUACCUUUAGCCCGGGCGCCGGGCCGUGGAGCCCGCACAGCGCUUACAGCGGCGGCGCCGCCGCCCAGGCCGCACACACGCCGAGCAGCUUCGGCGGGCCGCCGAGCCCGUUCGCGAGGCGGCCCAGCAACCUCAACGUCCAGCAGGGGCCCGUGGAGCUGGCGGCGGCGCCCGUGCCGGACGGGCUGGGGGACUACGAGAUGUCACAGGGCGGGGGCGGGGGAGGAGGAGCUGUGCUCGGGCCCCGGGGGUCCGGGUCCGAGCCGGAGGGGUACCAGCAGCGGCGGUCGCUCAGGACGUCGCACCGGAGCGUGAGCUCCUCGGGGGUGGGGGUGCCGGCGGCGCCCUUCUACGGCGACCAGCCCAAGUACGACGACUCGGGCCGGCCGUGGUACCCGCAGGUCAGCAGGAUGGACGACGGGCCGUUCCCGAGCCCGCGGUCGGUGUCGACUGGCGGCGGCGGCGGCGGCGGCCGCCACAGCAGCAGCCACGGGCACAGCCCCGCGCAGGAGAUGAUGGACUCGAGCUGGCCGCUGGGUGGUGUGACGGGCGCCGGCCCGUCGCCGCGGACGCCCGGGUUCGACGGGGCCGACACGGGGUGGGAUGAUAGUCGGGACGGGACUGUGCGUGAGGGGAGGAGGAGUGGUAGGCAUGAGACGUUUUAUCACCCCUGA